GCAGUAGCAGCACCACCAGUAGCAGUAGCACCACCACCACUAGUAGCAGCAGCACCAACAAUACUAUCAUCAGUGGCAGCAGCUGCAGCAGUAGCAGCAGCGAGAACACAAACAGCAUCAGCGGCAGUAGCAUUGACAGCAGGAGCAGCGGCAAGAACGUCAGCAGCAGCAGUAGCAGCAGCAACACGAGUAGCACUAACGUGAGCAGCAGCCGGAGUUAUAACAUCAGCGCCAGCAUCCUCAUCAGCAGCAUCAGCAACGCCAAAAACGGAACCAACACCAUCGGCGACAGCGCAAGACCAGCGGCCGUAGUAUCCAUCUUCAUAAUCAGCAGCAGCAACAUCAGCAGCAGCAGCAACAUCAGCAGCAGCAGCAUCACCAUCAGUAAGCACCGGCACCAUCAGCAGCAGCAGCAUCAUCAGCAGCACCAUCAGUAACGCCAGCAGCGUGGAGUCGAGCGAGGCGGGCGUGAGCUCCCGCAGCCGCUGGGAUUCGCUCUCUCGCUCCCCGCACGCUCGCACGCACGCGCACGCGCUUGCGUGCAUUGACGCGCGAGUGCUCGUGGCUCAGCUCGAGUCUGCGAGACUCUCUCCUUCCCCGCGCCCGCCGAGGCCGAUUUGAAUGCGUCUCAUCGCGGUCUCUGCCAAUUCUCUGCGGGCCGCCUUCGGCAACGCGGCGCGGGGAUGGGUCACCACCAUCAUCAUCAUCAUCGUUAUAAUUGUCUUCAUCGUCAUCUUCAACUGCUGCCGCUGCUGCUGCUGUCCGCGUGUUCUACCGUGUUCGUCUGCGCUGCCCGCGGCCAUGGUGAAGGCGUCGUUGUCUUUGAGCCGCUGCUGCUCGGGCAGGAGUCAAGCCCCGGAGGAAGAGGAGCGAGACUCCGUGACAGGGAGCGUGCGGGCCGCCCCCACUCCUCAUCAUCAUCGUCAUCAUCUCCAGGGCAGGAAUCCGCUGGCCUAGACCCGCAGACAUUGGCGGCUAUCUGGCUCUUCUUCUCCACGGGAGACCGGAUCCAUCUCGCCGACGCGCGCUGCACGAAGCGCUUCGAGCUAAGCGUGCCCGGGGCUGCGACUCGCGGCGGCGGCGGUGCGGCAGGGGGGGGUCUCACGCCGGCCCCUGACGGUGCCGCGGAAGCUCUUGCCCACUACGCGCACCUCCUUACCGCCGUGCUCGAGCAGGCUGGGCGGGAGCGCCGCGAAGAGGCGACCGUGCAGCACGCGCGAUGGUACCCGGCGCUGCUCAGCAGCCUCCUCGAGAGCGACCCUCGCGUGCGGCGCGCCCUGCUGGCGUUCGACGGGGCCGGCGACUUCCUGCAGGUGAACCGCGGCUCGGCGCGGGGGGACAUCGUGCUGCGGAACGUGUCCUCGCUGCCCGCCGACCAGUCUGCCAAGGCGGCGCUGGCCGCUUGUCCCGGUGGCCUCAAAUCGCAGCAACCGCCGAGAGGACCGCGGAACCAAGCCGGGUUCGCCCAGGGCCUUCGUGAGGGACGCGCCGCCACCGCCGCCCGCUCUAGGAAGGGCCACGCGGCCGAGAGGGCCCACCUCGUGUGGUCUCCUCCCUACCUGGAGUGCGAGGACGGCAGCUACAGCCCACGCUGGGUGCAGUCUCUCUCCGCCUGUCUGCAGGGGCCCAAGGACGAGCAACAUGCGCUCGAGUUCAGGGGCACCCUGAGGCUGGACCUGGACUUACACGGCCAGGAAAUUGAUCAGUGCGCGGAGGAGAGCGCCGGCUGGUUCGCAGGGACGCACCGGUGCCACGCCAACAGCUCGCAGUGCGUCGCAGUGCGGGGCCAAGGCUUCCGUCUGGGUGCCUACAACUGCGUCUGCAGGACGGGGUUCUACCGGCCGAGAGCACACGCCAACGACACCGGCGGUGCGCGUGGCGGUGGCGGCGGUGGCGGCGGCGGCGGUGGCUUUGGCACCGACGGAGUCGGCGGGGUGGAGUGCGCCCCGUGCGCCGAGGGCUGCUCGACGUGCACAGACGGCCGGCCCUGCCUGGCCGUGCUGCUGCCCGCCCUGCGCCUGGCGCUGCUCGCCGCCGAGUUGCUGUGCGCGCUGCUCGUGCUCGCCAGCAUGGCCGUCGUCUACCGCUGCCGCAGGAACAAGAACAUCCGCUCCUCCGGGCUCCUCCUGCUGGAGGUUCUGCUCUUCGGCUCCUUCCUGCUCUGCUUCCCGGUGAUCAUCCUGUACUUUGAGCCGGGAGCUCUGCAGUGCAUGGCCCUGCGCUGGGUUCGCCUGCUCGGAUUCUCCAUCCUGUAUGGCACCAUCACCCUCAAGCUGCACCGGGUGCUGAAGGUGUUCCUGGCGCGCACGGCCCAGCGGCUGCCGUACCUGACGAGCGGACGGGUGCUGCGCAUGCUGGGCAUCAUCAUGCUGCUCGUGCUGUGGUUCCUCACGGCGUGGAGUGCCGCCGCGUGGGAGAACCUGGGCCGCGGCGUGCUGCUCGUGGGCGUAGGCCAGACGGCCGAGGGGCUGCGCUUCACACAGUGCCUUCUCAGCCGCUGGGACUACAUGAUGGCGCUGGCGGAGUUCCUGUUCCUCUGCUGGACCAUGUACCUGUGCUACGCGGUGCGCACCGUGCCCUCCGCCUUCCACGAGCCCUGCCACAUGACGGUCGCCGUGCUCAACGAGAUGCUGCUCUCGCUCAUCUUCCACAUCCUGCAGUUUGUGAUGACCUUCACUCUGCACCCCGACUGGAUGCUGCUCAUGGUGUUCAUUCACACCCAGCUGACGGUGACGGUCACCGUGGGCCUGCUGCUCAUACCGAAGUUCGCCUGCUCCGGAGCGACGCUGCGGGACGACAUCGCUGCAGAGGCGUACGAGGACGAGCUGGACGUGAUGCGGCGCUCGGGCUCCUACCUCAACUCCAGCAUCGCCUCCGCCUGGAGCGAACACAGCAUGGACCCCGAGGACCUGCGGGACGAGCUGAAGCGGCUGUAUGCGCAGCUGGAGGUCUACAAGGGCCAGAAGAUGCUCUCCAACAACCCGCACCUGCAGAAGAAGCGCAGCUCCAAGAAGGGCCUCGGCCGCUCCAUCAUGCGCCGCAUCACCGAGCUGCCCGAGAACGUCGUGCGGCAGAGCAGCCGCGAGGAGCGCGACCGGGGGGGGCGGCGGCGGCGGCGGCGACGGCCACGGGGCGGGCGGCUCGGCGGGUCCGCGCACGGCCCCCACACGCCGGGUUCCUGCAAGCGGGUGGCCAUCGCCGCCUCCGCCGGCGUCGUUGCCGCCACCGGCGUCGCCGCGGCGCCUUCGCCCACGGCGGACGCGGCGAAGGGGGGGAGGGCGGAGCAGCAGCAGCAGCAGCAGCGGUCGUCGACAGCGACCGGCACCACGAACCACAAGGCGUUCGCCCUGCCCAAGUCGUACAGCUCCUACGACCACUUGCUGGAGCAGUCGGAGCCCAGCUCCGCGUCGACGUCGGAGAAGGCGGAAGCGGAACCGCUGCCCGGGGCGGGGGCCGGCUCCGGUGACGGGGGGGUAGAGGCAAGCUCCCCGCGGGACAGGUCGGCUCCCAGCUCGGGGUUGGCGUCCGGGAAGGAGAUGAGCCCAGACGGGGAGGCGCGCGGCGAGAGCGAGUCGGUCGACUCGGCGCCGCUCGUGUGCCGCUCGGCCAGCGCGCACAACCUGUCGGCCUCCGACAAGAGGUCUCCAUCGUCCGCAGUGGGCAAGCACCACCACCACCACCACCAUCACCACCACAACCAGCACCAGCACCACCACCACGUGCUCAAGCCGUCGCUGCUGCAGAAGUCGCUCAGCCUCAUCAGCGGCGCCAGGGAGAGGACGGCUGCCCUCUCGGGCAAAGUGGGCGUCAGCGAAGCCAAGACGGACGAGGCCAAGGUGGCGACGACUCCAGUGGUGGCGGCGGUGUCGGAGGCCGUGGGCCGAAAGGACCACGUCGCCCAGGAGGAGACGAAGACUGCCAAGGUCCCGGCCGCCGCGGCCACAGGGAUGAAGCGCACCGUCACCGUCGCUGCCGCCGCAGCGACCGCCGCCAGCGAGGCUAAGGAGCGCGUGAAGGCCUCAAGCCUCAAGUCGCGCCAGGAGGAGAGCCCGCGGCCGCAGUCCCCGCAGACGCAUCACCCGCAGCGCAACUCGUCGGAGGAGCGCCACGGCGUAACGUUCGCCGACAACACACCGCGGCCGGAAGAGGAGUAUAACCGUGAGGAGGUGUGCCCCUGGGAGUUCCAGGGCAUGGCGUCCACGCCGCCGCCGCCCGUCGACCCGUCGCGCCCGCAGAAGCACGUCUCCAUCGCGCCGCAGAAGCACACGUCCAUUGCCGGGGCACGCUACCACAGCCUGGACAGCACCCAGUUCGCCGGGAAGCUGCCCGAGGUCGGCCGCCACAGGGCAGCACUGGCGCCCGUGCGUCACCAGAGCCUUACGGAGGUGGUCGGCGGCGGUGGCGGCGGCGAUGGCGCGAGCAGGAACGGCGCCGCACCCGAGACGGCCGCGGUGGCCGAGACGAAGGCACCGCCGCCGCCGCCGCCGCCGCCGGCGGCGAGUAGCCCCGAGGACGGCACGAAGAAGCUCAGCCCUAUGGCCGAAGCCGUCAAGCCGGUACCGGCGCAGGCGGUCGCCGUGCCGCCGCAGGACAAGCCAGCGCCGGCGGCGCCGGUGGUGGUAGCGGCGGUGGCCCGUGCCGACGUCUGCCCCUGGGAGGUGCAGCCCGGGGAGGCGGACGAGCCGGGUGCGGAGGCCGGCGACGGCUCGGCCCGCAAGCCGGCUGCCAACCUGGGCGACAUCUGCCCCUGGGAGCUGGAGGCGGAGAUUCCCUCGUCCUCGUCCGGCCGCGCGGUGCACGGCCUCACCGUCUCGCCCACCGCCGCCGCCACAAUGGCGCCCGAGGCGCCGGCGAGCGACAGGUCCCCAGGCGGCGGGAAGUCGGAGGCGGACUCGGCGCACGAGCUUGCCGGGCCCGGGCACCCGAAGCUGCCGGCGAAGUCGUUGGGCUCGGCGUUCAAGAGCCUGGUUUCGGGUGGCAAGAAGAGGGACAAGGGAGGAGCAGAGCGUCCCAAUCACCCGGGGGGCCCUGGCAACGAUCGGGUCAGAGCUGCCGCGGCCCCGGCAGCCGCGCAAGGGACGGCCAAGCCGAGAGAGGGCGACCGAUCGAAAAGAUAAGGGUGGCUUUUCACAAAAUCAAACGCCAGAGAACAAUGGGGGGACGACGCUGCGCGAGGAAGCACGACUCCCGUGUAGAAACCCGCCCGCGAAUGCCCGUCGACUGCGUCGGCUCGGAAGAUUGAAUGUGGCGGUGCUCCCCACGGCGGCGGUCUGGCAGAACUGGUUUUAUGCAUGCAAAUAAAUCGGGACCUACGAGCCUCUGGGGCCGUGCAGUGACUGUAGCGCAUUAGGCCGUGGGUGGGUGGGUGGGACCUGUGUUCAGUGCCUGGGUAGUUUUCCGUGCAGAGACGUGCGUGUGCGUUCGUGCGUGAUUCCCCCGUCCACUCACCUGUACAAGCGGUUUUAACGUCGACAGCCUUUAUCUCUCCUCCUCUUAGGAAAAAAAGUAAGACCUGCCCGUUCACUACAUAUUUAUAUGUAUGCUGUACAUGUACGUAUGUAUAUGCAAUACGCAGUUUAUGUGUAUGUAUAUAUGCAGUGUUUACGUCUGGAUACAUCAUAUGUACAUAUAUGCUGUGUGUAUAUGUAUAUAGCGUGUGUAUUCAUACACAGAAUACAUGUACCGUAAAAUCAUGGCUCUUGUUUUUUUGUUAUCCGUUGAGUUUACUUUUCGUUGGUGACGAGUAAUAACCACGAACAGCAGCACGUGGCGGUCAUUGCGAGCAGCGUCGCCACGUGAUCGUCACGUGAUCGUCACGUGUGUGUCACUUUCGCAUGACGCACUGGGCUCCCCCCACCCCCAUCACCGUUAAAAAUCGUUACUUGGAAUCAUGAGAGUGAGAGAUCGGCACCUUCUCUCUCGGUGUCAGUGUGUAGCGCGGCAGUGCCGAGUCACCCCAGGGGCCUGUCCUGACUCGGGGUGGCUCGGCAGUGCUGGCUCCAUGAGAGUCCACGUUGCCAAGCGAGACCCCGGGACCAAAGCGUCUUCGGUCAAAUCACUCCCACAUCUUCUGCACUCCCCCCCCCUCAACCCGGUCUUCACCCAUUUAGCCGCGUUCUCCGCUCGAUGAAAACAGUGGCGUGACAACGCACGCAUCUAUGCACACGUGGACGUUGCUGGAGGAUCGGUUGUCGCCACGUGGCUCCGAGCGUGGUGGCCCACUGUUGUUUUUAGAUCCCCCGCUUUCCCAAUGCGAGCAGCUGGCCCUGGUGAAACCAGGCUCGCCAAGGACGAGCGAGCGAGCGAGAGGUGACAAUGAUCUCAGCCUAAACACCAAUGCCUGCACAAAACCUCACCGUGCGUUUUGUCCUCGAUCGGACCUCAUCACUCCGCUCUGGCGACAGAUCGACCGAUUGGUAAUUUGAUUUUUAUUGCUAAAACCGCCCCUCGCCGAGGAAGCGCAAGCGCCGUUGAGUUUCAGGAUCGGCCGAACGGAUGACCCCCCCCCCCCCACCCCAAGUGUUUCUGUGGCUUACACUUAGCCCCCCCCCCCUCCCCUCAACUCCAACUACAAUAAAGCACAGGCUGCCCUUACACUGAUGGAAUUCUCAGAGCAAAGCCGUGACUUCAGCACUUUCAUACUCUUUGGCUCUAUUCGGUAAAGUCACGUAGGUAAAAAAUAAGAUAACAAAAAUCUAGAAUUCAGCACUUUCCUUUUGUAGAUCACUCCCCUAACCGUGAUGUUUAUUGUCACGUUUCACUGUCGUCCAGUUAAGACAAUCGCUUUGUUUUAUUUAUUUGUGCGACCGCCCCCUCGAUUAUCUGCGGUUUAUGGGGGAGCAAGAGGGCGUGGGCGGGCGGCACGGAUAAAACAAAACAGACGGAAUAACGGAAAACACGUGUCAAUUUGGCAAAGCCAUUGUGUCCGUUGCCAACCUAUUAAGGGUCGCGAGGACACAGACCUACGCGUUCUCUCGUCGACGUGAUUGCGGUCAGACGGGCACCCAGUGCCCCAGACCCCCUCGACGAUCGAGAGGAGUCGCAAAAAAUACAAAGCAGCGGUGGCACGUGCGAGAGACGCAAACGAAGACCGUUAAUCAGCCCGCGGAUAAUCGAGUUGAGGUUGAUUUCUCCCCCUUCCCCGCCUGUCUUCACCGCACUGCGUUUCCCCAUGCCGUGAAUGGUCGGAGCGUGGCUGCCGUGCGUUGUGGUUCGGUUCUCUGCUUCUUCCCACUUCCCGCUCGGCAUCGUUUCUCAGGCCAGAACGGCGGCGUGCGCUCGCUGUGUUCAGGCGCGAACGCUCGCUGUGUUCAGCGGCCUCACCGUUCCUGCCCUCACGGGCGCGCGGCGACCACCUGCUCGAGGAGUUGGCGUCGGACGUGGGUUUUUAUUCUGAUGACUGCCAUUAUCAUCAUUAGUACGACAGAUUGAGGUUUUGCAGAGUUGGGCACUGCUCCGCGUUUGUUCCGCCCCGCAUCGUUAUCAAGGGGGUGUGGGUGGGAGGGGGAAUGAAGCGAGUUUCGUAUGUAGCGUUUCAAGAAAAUAUGCAAAAUACAACCAAAAUGAUGAAAACCAUGCGUUGGCGAGCUUAAGUAUGAGAGGCAAUGCUGAAUGUCGUAUGAUAAAUGUGUAAUGCAUAAAUGGGUUUUUAGUAACCGUGCGUUAAUUUGUGGUUGUCCUAGUAUUACCGUUGAUGUAAUAUAUUAUAAGUCUUCCCGAUGGUGACUUUUCCAGGCACAGAUUUCCACUCACAAUAAGGCUACAACCACAAAGGUCAUGUUCCUUGUUCAAGUCCAUCCGCAAAAUGAAUGCAUGCUCUUAUGACAGCACUCCCAGCAAUGGAAACCCAACACCCUAGGUAGAUAAGGAACCUUGCUGGAGUGAAAAUGUUCUGCUUCGAUGGACUUUCAUCCAGAUUAGGGACUGUCGGUCAGUUCUAGGUGAUGCAUGCUGGUGCAUACUGGUAGUUGAUUGAAAUACAGAGUUGGUAAAUACCAACCGAUGCAUCGAUUUGGCGAUUAACUUAUGCUUCGGUCGCACCUGUAGGACGACGCACGUGUGGAAUAACGUGCCAUCACGGUUUUUUCAAUGUAUGCGUUUCAUGUAACGGGUUCGUGCGACCAGUGCAUCCACUCGAGGCGCUUCAUUCGCUGCAAAUCAAUCAUUGAAUCGAUCAAUCAUGAUCAUAUGCCGAGUAACUUCCGCAAUAACCACCGGUGUUCUGGACCUCUCACGACACGGAGCUUUUCCAAGGGCCUUGUAUUCUCCCAACCCGAUACAACCAGCGCCCCUCGCGUAUCACUCCGUCAAAAGAUCGCUAGCGCCCAUGGGUCCACAUGAAAAACGGGUAAAACCCCUGGAGGUGUAACUCGGGGGCAGCUCGCCUGCACGCAGCGAUAGCGCGGCGAGCAACAAACGUGGCGUGAACCCGCGACGCCACGCACGGUCACCAUCGGAAGGACGGAGCGACGGCCACGGCGAACGACGACGGGAAGGCGCUUGGGGCCGUGUCUCAAAGUCGAAUGUAGGGCAACGGUCGCAACAAGUAAAUGGGCAUUUACUAGGAGCAACGAAGGCAACUGGGUACGGCGGUGGCAGUUUGACGGGUACUGUAUGGCCGAUGAAAACAGAGUUUGUGCAAGCGUGUGUGUUUGUUUUUUUCACGAAUGCUCUCCAGAGUGCACACAACCCCUCGGGUAGUCAGGCGACCUCUGGUGAUGAUCCGAUUGGAAGUUUCCAUCGCCACGCCGGCGAUUUGCUCAAAUUUCAGGUCACGACAUUUUUUCGCAGAGUAGAAAACGGUGCAAGUGCUGCCAACGGGAGGGCAGAGCGGGCGAGAGCAAAAUGGUGCACGAGCGGAGAGGUCCAAGCGGACGACCGGGCACGUCCUCCAUCCCCGGCGGACUUCGUUCGCCUCUCAAACCAACUGCGCGACACGCCGCUCGCUUCGUUUCUUGUCGCGGCUCGACCAGUGUCGCGAGCCUCGCCUCGCGACAGCUCGCCAACAAACAAAACGAGCCACUCGACUCCUCGACCGCUUCACCCGACCCAAGGGUCACGCUGCGGGAGGAGUUCCAUCCGUCAGGCGCCGGCCUCUCGCCAGCAACGGUCGCCGCUGCAAUCCUCUCCCGUUUUUUGUUUUUUUUAAACGACGUCCCGUGGUUUUUAUUUUCAAAGUCAAACUACCGGCGGGGUCCUCUACACACUCGUCUUGUCGCUCCGGUCGGGAAAGAAUCUUUCCGCGCAAGCUGUGAAGUUUGGUGGUGUUUUUGUGGGUCUUGAGGAAAGUGCAUGCUGUUGUGCCCGACUGGUAGGGGAGGGCGGUGGGGGAUCUGUGACGCCUGCAGUCUUUUCUAGUUGUUAAAAACAAACGUUCCCCCCCUCAACACGCUGAUUUGUCGUCAAUAUUGUUACCGCACCGUUAGCCAUUACCACUUCUUAUAUAUUACAAACGAUAUACAUACUGUAACAUUGUGCAAUAUGUUUGUGAUAUUGUGAGGAGAUAAAAGUGCUUUACACAAAAAAGAAA